AUGCAUCAUCGCCUACUCUCGAGCUGGAGGCGUCAUCAUCAAGUGAGGAGCCUGGAGCUGGAGGUGGAGCAACCACUGAAGAUGCAGCUGGAACAGCAGUUGCUGCUGCUCCCUCAGCUGACGAUGCUGAACAGCAACCGGAUAAGGAAAAAGAUAAAGAUAAAGAUAAGGAUAAGGAUAAGGAACCAGAUCAAAUCGAGGAACAGCAACGUAAUGAUGAACCCUCGCCACGCAAGACACAAUCCGCCGAAACCAACAGCAACAUCAUCAUCAGCUUCUAAGCGUGAGACGACGACGACAGCAGCCGCUGUCAGCGAUGGCGAGGAGCUGCCGAGCGUCAGCAGCUCCUCCUCCUCCAGCUACAAUCACAAUCAAAGAAAGAGCUGCUCCACGGAACGCCAGAGUGGCGUCUCAAUGCCAAUACGCGGCCGCAAAUCCAUCAAGGAGCUCAAAGAAGCCAAAGAGGCCGCCCAGGCACUGGCACUGGCUAAAGAGGAUGAGUCCAUGGAGCUGUCACAGCAACAGCAGGAGCUCCUCGAUGAGGAAACGAAAGACACGACUAAUUCCGCCAAGGACAAGGAGUUGGAAACGACGACGACGAUAACAACGCCAGCCACUUGCAAUCGUGUCACACGCAAAGCGCACGCUCAGGAGCUCGCUCUGGCCAACAACAACAAUAGCAACAAUAAUAAUAACAACAACAGCAGCAACAACAACAAUAACAGCAGCAGUAGUAGUAGUAGUAAUAAUAAUAAUCAAAAAAACAAUACACGCGUCACGCGCAAUCGCCGGCAAUCGUCAACGGUUAAUACGGCUGCUGUGCCAGCGAGGGGUCGGCGAAAAAAGCCAGCGCCGCCCGAGCCACCGGAGCCAGCCAAGGAGCAACUGUCGAUUUCGAAACGCAAGCGUUCCGAUGAUGAUACCGAACUAAGCCUUAAAUGCCAAAAGAUCGAGCUCAAAACCGAAGACGAUGACGAGCAGCAGCAUGAGUCAAGCGCUGCCAGCGAUGGCCAGCUGGAUGUGAAGCCCGUGAUUAAAUUGGAGCCAACGGACAGUGAGGAGCAGAUAAUAAUGCCCGCUAUCACGCCCACACCGCAAACGGGAAAUCGACGUGGACGCGGCCGACCGCAGAGCAACAAAUCGACGCCUACUUCUGGUGGCUCAGGUGGUGGUGGUGGUGGUGCUAAUGUUGCAACAACUCCAAGCACCAGCACCACAGCGACCAGUACACGUGCAACGCGCCACUCGAAGGGGGGAUCACCUGCACCUGGUCUGGUCGAGCCAACGCCGCCAACAAAGCGUCGUCGUGUCGGUUCAACUAAUCGCCUCUCACUGCUCGCUGGCAAGACGACGACGACGGCAGCGGCGGCGGCAGCAGCAUCCGCAUCGACAAGCUCAACGUUGGAUGAGGAUUCCAAGGAUAGUUUGGCGUCAAGCACCAUGGACGAGCUGUUGCUGGCCACUGCCGAGAUCAAGCAUGAGAAACUAUUAUUGGAUCUUGGGGAACUCGAUCCGAUUGCGUCUGCAGCGUCUGAGGAGGAGACAGUAGCAUCAGCAGCAGCAGGAGCAUCAGCAGCAGCAGCAGCAGAUGAACAGGCAUCCACGUCCAGUGCAUCAGCCAAUGGCAUUGAGCCGCUCACAGUGGACACAGACACCGAGACGAUAAUGGAUACACUCGUCAUCGAUGACAUAAAGCAGCCACCAGCUAAGGAUAAGCCUGAAACCGAAACGGAACCAGAACCGGAUACGAUUGAGGCUGAGGCGGGGGUAAAGGCUGGCAAAGCGGCAUCGCUGAGUCCCGAACUGUUUAGCGAGGGCGUCAGCGUCAUAAGCGUUAAGCAGUUCUACAAGAAACCCGAAUUUCUGGCCAACAAUUUGGGCAUCGAAAAGGAUCCCGAGCUGGGCGAGAUUGUGCAAAUUGCCAGCGAGACAACGACAGCAGCAACGGCAGCUGAACAAGCAACAGCCGAGGGAGCAGCAGUUGUUGUCGCCCAGCCAGAGCGGAACAUUGAACUGGAGAUGACAACGACGACGCAGCAGGAGGAACUGGAGAUGGAUGCGGAGGCAGAUGCGGCGUCGGCCGAUGCGGAGGAGAUUAAACAGAAUAGCUCGGCAAGCAUAGGUGAAUUGCGUGUGGACGAAAGCGGUGAUGAGCUGACGGAGGAGAAACCACACAAGACAGCAGAAAACGCCGCCAUUGAUCUGAAUGGCAUGAUUGAGCCGGCGGAGGAGGAGGAGGAACAGCUGGUAAGAGCAGCCGGAGCAGCAUCAGCAGCAGCAGCAGCAGCCAACACCAAGAAAACAGAUGACUAUGAUGACUUUGAGAGUGAGAUUAUGGAGCAGCUGGCAAAAGAGGGCGUUGUCGAUGCCAGCGGCAAUGCGCUCAGCUCCAGCAAAGACAAUCCGGAGCAGCAGCAGCUGACAGCUAAUGAUGGCAAUGAAUGUGAUACAUCCAAGGAGCAGGAGCAGGCAGUCGACGAUGAGGAGGAAUCUGAGGAAACGACGCCAGAGACGACAGAGUUGGGCGAAGUCGAUGAACUCAAUAUGUCGGCUGGCAUAGAUCCGGUGAUCGCAAUGGAGCUGGAACCCCCCUUAACCGAGGAGCAGGAGGCCGAAGCGAAUGCGGUCGCCGAUGAUGAUGCUGAUGCUGAAAUGGCAAUUCUGAGCGAGAAUUGCAGCGAAAAUUAUCCCGAGGAGAACAAGGAAAAUGUGUCCACUGCCAAAACAGAUGCAGUCAGUCAGUCGGAGAUUGCCCUGCAGCUGGAGUUGGAGCUCAAGGGUGAUCUGAGCACGACUGUCAAGCACGAGACGUCCAAGCCAAAGCUGGAGCAGCACGUGGAGGAGGAGGCGGCGACGGCGGGGGCAGCAGAUGAGCCCGAAGAUGAUGAGAAACCGUUGGCUGCCGUUGCCGCUGAACAGGCGAAUGGAGCCAAUGCUGCACUGCUGCAGCUUCAGCUCCAGCAGCUGAAGCCCGAUGGCGAUGAGAAGUUGCGACGCGAAAAGGAGCGACACUUGCAGCACUUGGGUCUGUUGACGCAUCAGGCCGCGGAGCAGGUGCGUCAGGAAUUCAUACACACGCAAACGCGCCAACAUCAGCAGCAACAACAGCAGCAGCAGCAGCAACAACAACAACAACAGCAGCAGCAGCACCACCAACACCAUCACCAGCAGCACCACCACCAGAGCAAUAAACGUUCCACAUCGAAAUCAUCAGGGGGCAGCAACAGCACCAUUCACAUCGAAUCGAGUGGGACGCUGAAAACCGUCAUUAAGCUGAAUCGCAGCAGCAAUGGCGGCGCUGGCGGUGCCUCGGGUCUGCCCACGGGCACCGUUAUACACGGCGGCGCUGGUGCUGCUGCAGCGGGUGGCAGCGGCACAGGUGGUGGUACCAGCGGUGGUGGUGGUGGCAGCAGCAGCUUUACUGCAUCCGCUGGCACACGCAAAGGUGGCAUUGCUGGGGGCGGCGGCGGCAGCGGCGGUGGCGGCAGUGGCAGUGGGAGCAGCUCGUCGACGACGCAUGGCGUGCGUCGCCAGUCGCUCAAGAUGACAUUCCAAAAGGGACGCGGACGCGGUCAUGGUGCAGCGGAUCGUGCCACAGAUCAUCAGGCCGAUGAUUCCUACUACACCAUACAGAAUGAGAACGAAGGUGCGACCAAUCGAUCCAAUCUUUACAAUCAAUUGAAUUCGGGUAACGCUGCUGCUGCUGGUGGUGGUGGACGCAAGUCAACUAACCGCUUUAACAGCUCCACUAACAACAACAACCACAACAACAACAAUAGCAACAACAGCAAUCAAAAGCAACAACAGCAGCAGCAACAACAACAGCAACAGCAGCAACAUAAUAGCAACAACAUUUCGUCCUCCAGAUCUGGCCUGGAUUCAUCGCACUCAGAGGGCCAUGGCGGUCAGAUGGAGCAUGGCUUCUAUCAGAUGGUGAAGAAGGAUGAGAAGGAGAAGAUACUCAUACCGGAGAAGGCGUCCUCGUUCAAGUUCCAUCCGGGCCGGCUGUGCAAUGAUCAGUGCUACUAUUGCAGCGGCAAGUUCGGACUCUAUGACACACCCUGUCACGUUGGCCAGAUCAAGUCCGUGGAGCGUCAGCAGAAGAUACUCGAAAAUGAGGAGAAAUUGACGGUGGACAAUUGCCUGUGCGAUGCCUGCUUCCGUCAUGUGGAUCGACGCGCCAAUGCGCCCUCCUACAAGAAGCGUCUCUCGGCGCCCGGCCACUUGGAGACGGGUAACAACAAUAACAACAACAGCAGCAGCGCAGCUGGCAGCAAUCUGGAUGCGGGCGAUACGGAAUUUGCGUCGACUUCGACGGGCGCCGCUUCCGGUUCGGGUGCACAACGGAUUUGCGCCGUGAAGGAUUGCGCCGAGGCCGCCGGUCAAACGCUGAAACGCAAAAGCGUCCGCAAGAGCAUCAAGAAGUGUCUGCUGCGUUUCGAGAUACCGCCGGGCACCCUUAAUGUGGCACUCUGCGUACCCCACUACAAUACGGUCAUCCAAUCCUCUGGCUGUGCGCUCUGCAAGCGUCGUCUCGGCAAGAACAUGUACCAUAUCACCUCGCAGGACACUGAUCGCUUGGAGAAGGCCCUCACCGAAAUGGGCAUUCAGGUUCAAUUGGGCGUCGGCACCGCCGUCUGCAAACUCUGCCGCUACUUUGCCAAUCUGUUGAUGAAGCCGCCGGACAGCACCAAGUCCAACAAGGCCGAGUUCAUCAAGAACUAUCGCAAGAGGCUGCUCAAGAUGCCCAAUCCGCAGGAUGGCAGCAACGAUGCAUCUGAUGUGGAUGAGGAUGAUGCGACUGCCGCAGCAGCUGGUGAAGUUGGCGGCGCUGCUGGCGGAGUAGCUGGGGCAGGUGCGGCAGGGGCAGGACGUCGUAGUUCCACACGCGCUGCUGCUACUGCAACGGCUGUCACCUCGUCGGGCGCUUGCGAUGAUGCGUCCAGCGAGAUGCCCAUGGUUGUGGACUAUGAUGGGCCAACGGACUCCAAUUCGAGCAGCUCAUCAACGACGCCGAUUGUCGGCGCCGGCACCAGCAAACAGAUGUCCAAGCUGAAGGCCAUACUCCAACAGCAGCAGCAGCAACAGCAGCAGCAGCAGAAUAUGGCUGGCGAGCUGACAGCGACGACGCCCAAUUCCAAUUGCUCAACCUCCGGCGCCGGCAAUUUGGAUAAGAAUUCGAAGAGCAAAUCAACGACUGGCACUGGCACUGGCAGUGGCACUAGCAGUGGUAGUGGCAGUGGCAGUGGUUCAUCAUCGUCGGAUAUAUCGAAUGUGCUGCGCGGCAAUCCAAACAUCUCGAUGCGUGAACUCUUCCACGGCGAGGAGGAUUUGGGUGUGCAGUUCAAGGUGCCGUUCGGUAGCAGCAGCAGCCAGCGCACACCGGAGGGCUGGACACGAGUGCAGACGUUCCUGCAGUACGAUGAGCCGACACGUCGCCUGUGGGAGGAGCUGCAGAAGCCGUAUGGCAAUCAGAGCAGCUUCCUCCGACAUCUCAUCCUGCUGGAGAAGUAUUAUCGCAAUGGGGAUCUCGUACUCGCCCCACACGCAUCCUCCAAUGCCAGCGUCUAUACGCAAACAGUGCGUCAGCGUUUGAACUCCUAUGAUCAUGGACACUGCGGUGGCCAUCAUCAAAGUGGCGCCCACAAUGCAAAGACAUCUCUGUAUCCAAAUUCAAAUCAGACUCCCAAUCCCAGCGCCAACAACUCCGCCUCCUGCUCACCCUUGUCGCCGGCUAGUGCAGCCAAUGCCAGUUCCGGCUGCUCAUCGCUCAAUGUUGGCAGUGUCCUUGCCAGCGCUUUGACCAACAGCACGGAUCAACAGCAGCAGCAGCAGCUGUUGUCCUCCAGCCAGCUGCAGCAGCAGCAGCAGCAACAACAGAAGCCGCCGUCAGCCGAGUCGUUCAUACCGCUUGUGGAGCUGAAUGAUGACGAUGAUGAGUAUGAGGAUAACGAUAACGAUAACGAUGACAAUGACAAAAACAACUACAACGAUGUGGAGAACGUUGCACUCGACACUGAGGAGGAUCCGCUGGAGCGUCUCUGCAAUGCAUCCGUCGACAAGCUGACCAAGCAGCUCAGCUCGAAUGCGGUUACCAUAAUAGCGCGACCCAAAGACACCACAGCAGCCAACAGCAGCAAGGUAGCAACAACAGCAACAACAACAGCAGCAGCAGCAGCAGCUAUUGAUGAUUUGCAGCAGCAGUUGUCGCGGGCAACAACAACAACAGCAGCUGCGAUUGCAGCAGCAGCAACAGCAACAUCAAAGGAGGCGCCACCACUGGUGCCCACAACGAGUGCGGCGGCAAAUAGUCGCAGCAUACUCAAGACCAAUCUGCUGGGCAUUAACAACAAGGCGGCCGUUGAGAUUGUACCGUUGACAGCAGCUCAGCAGCAGCAGCAACAGCAGCAGCAACAACAACCACAACCACAACAGAAGCCGCACAAGCUGCUGGACAUGCCCAAUAAGUUGCCACACAAUGAGACGCCAUCGUCGUCGUUGUCGUCAUCGUCAACGUCGCUGCAGCUCCAGACCAAAGUGAAGUCGAUCCUGUCGACGCCCGCGUUACUGCAACAACAACAACGGCAGGUUGCCAAGCAGCCGCCACCGAAUGUGGCACAGUUGCUCAGCUCACCGCCCGAGCUGAUUAGUUUGCAGCGUCGUCGCACUGGUGCUGGCGCUCCUGCAACUGCUGCGUGUUCAACAGCACCAUCAACAUCGGCGGCGGCAGCAGCUACUGCUGCGGCUGCGUCAAUUGCUGGAGCUGCUUCAACGCCGGCAGCUGCUACUAAGAUGGCUGGUUUCGCUGGCAAGCGACUGCAAUUGCCGCGGGCCAACAACAAUGUGCCCAGUGUGAUUAUGCUGCCGGAGACGUUGUCGGCGCAGGAGCGGCACGAGAGCAAGAGCUGGAAGCCAACGUUGAUACCGCUCAAGGACCAGCAUCGGGUGCCAAAUCGAACGUUAACGCUAUUCCAAACGGCCGACGGCCGACGUCUGCCCGCCCAGGUGCAGGUGCAGUCCAGUGGCAAGCCAUAUCUCAUCUCCAUCAUUGACUACAAUCGCAUGUGCAUUCUGCGGCGCGAGAAGCUGCAACGUGAUCAGGCGCUCAAGGCGGCCAGUGCCAGUGCCGGUGGUGCCACCAAGCCAAAGACGACCGGACAGCAAUCGCAAUCGUUUGCUGCCUUGUCCAAGAUGUCAGCAGCACAGCACACCGCACGCCAUCAACUGCAGCAACUGCAGCAGCAGCAACUGCAACAGCAACAACAGCAGCAGCAACAUAAACAUCAACAACAACAGCAGCAGCAGCAGCAGCAGCAGCAACAGUUGCCCACAUUGCUGCCGGGUGGCAGCGCUUUGCGUUUAACACGCCUGCAACCCAAACCGAUGCCGCCGCUGAGUAAUCCCCAGCAGAACAACAGCAAUAACAAUAAUAACAACAACAACAACAACAAUAAUAAUAAUAACAACAGCCACAAUAACAACAACAGCGGCAACAGCAGCAGCGGCAGCAACAGCAACACCUCUCAAUCCUCGCAAGGCAAUUAUCAACCAUUGCUGAACAGUGCACUGGUAGCAGCAGCUGCUGCUGCUGUCGGUGGUGGCGCCAACAACAAUGGCAACAACGUCAGCCUGAACAGCACCGACAGCUCCUGGCUGUGGAAGAACUUUCCGGAUGCCAAUCAGUAUCUAUUAAAUGGCACAGCUGCUGCUGGCGCCGCCAACAAAUUGCCGCAUUUGACUGCCAAGCCGGCAACGGCAACAGCCACAGCAACGGCGACAAGUGGCUCAGGAUCAGGAACUGGAUCUGGUGGUGGUGUUGGUGUUGGUGUUGGUGGUUGUAUUACAUUUACGCUGAAGCAGCAGCAGCAACAGAUGGAGCAGCAGAAGCUUAUCGAUAGUGUGCUCAUGUCCAGGAUACCCAAAAGCCUAACGGUUAUACCACAACAUAUGGGCGGCGGAGGAUCUGGUGGGGCAGGUGCUGGCGGUGGAGGAGGUGGCGAACUGGGGCACAAGGAGUGAUGUUGCCUGCAACUAGAUGUAAACAUAAAACACAAUCCUGCCAGUGAUGAUGGGAAAGCGAAUCAAAAACUAACUAAAAACAAAACAAGGAUAAGCAAAGAGAGAAGGAGAAGCAGCAGCA